GGACUACAUUCAUAACUUCAGUAAUUGAAAAUUUUAUGUGGAUUGCUAUCAUCAAGUUUGCCAAAUCACUGAAGUCACUGACCUUGAGAUCUGCUUUUAUCUAGGGUCGUGAACUUAAAAUUUUGGAAUUCGUCGACAGGGAUAGCAAUACUUUGCCAGAGUGUUUUUAGCAGCCGGUGGAAGUGUGAUGGUGUUUUAUUUCUCCUCAUCGUGAGCCUUGGUUUGGCAGCCGUAACGUCACCUUCCCUAAAACUUUCCUCCGCCUGAUGUUCUCACGCCUCUCUAUCAUUUGAGUCUAAUUAAAAAGUUUUUUAAUUGUCGCGAACUAAAAGAAGAUCCAUCAGGGCUUACAACAAAGGUUUGAUCAUCAUCGACUCUAAAAUCACAAGAUGGCAUCAUCGGGCAGAAGUGAUGGCCGGACUAGGACGAUUCUUUGGUGCGUACCGCGGGCAAUCUCUACUGCUUUUGCGAAGUGCCUGAGCUACAUCGAGGGCACCGAAGUGUGGUUCGAACCCUACACCUACAGCCAUGUCAAUAAAGUAGAGUACCGUAUGAACACCAAUCUCGAUAUUCCCAUGGAGUAUGAGGGGAAUGAGGAGAUAUUCGCCACGGCGAAAGAGAUUCUUGAUAAAAUUACGAACACCAAGAAUGAAGCAGAUCGCUUACCGUACGGAUCCGUAAAGCGAAGUCUCGAAGCCAGUACUGCCAAACAUGUCUUCGUCAAGGAUAUGGCUUUUGCAGUAGCUGAUGGGUUUCGAGGUUUCCUACCAAAUGGUUACAGGCAUACCUUCCUCAUCCGGAGUCCUGAUCGAUCUAUCGCGUCCUACAGGAGAUCUAUCUACAAUCAUUACUCCAAUCUGGGAGUAUUGCAAGGGGAAGCUGCUAACGAGAAGACGUUCGAAGUACAGAGGGACGAUCCCAUAUUUCCUAAAGGCUGGCACACGAAAGAAGUCUACGACCUCUGGAAGUAUCUCCAAGACUCUGGGAUUGAUCCUAACCCUAUCAUCAUUGACGGUGAUGAUCUACUCACCAAACCAGCUGAGACGCUUUCAGCUUACUGUGCUGCUGUGGGGUUGCCUUUUAACGAUAGCUUACUCCAAUGGGAUGCAUCGGUAGAAGCCUUCAAGAAGAUGAAAGCUUCCGGCGACAAUCUUCUGAUGGACAUCGUGGAUUUCUACGGAACGGCCAUGAAAAGUAGCUGCUUUCUGCCUCCAAGUAAACCCAUACCACGUGAUCAACUACCCGCUGAUGUCAUCAAAGGUUCCGACGAAGUCAUGAAAUAUUUCGAAGAAAUGUAUGAAGCGCGCCUUCGAGUAUAAUUCUUCGAAUAACUGAAAAUAUGGGAAAAAGAGUUUCCGCAUAUUGAUUGGACAAACUUAAAAGCAAGUCCACCGCA